AAGAUUUGUUCAAUUAAAAACAAUAUGGACACAGCGCAAUCAAGUAGACGAAAAGCGUGCGAUUACUGCCGGGCGCGGAAAAUCAGGUGUGAUGGUCGCAAACCGAUAUGUUCCAAUUGUACACUAUACGCCGUUGCCUGCAAGACGACAGUUGCAAGUCCAAGAAAGGCGCCUCGGAAGGGCGGAAUCACUCCGGCGCCCUCAAGCCAAUCUGAGACUCAGCCCGACCGUAUGACCGCACUUGAAGAGCGCUUGGCUAACAUUGAGGCUCUCUUGACGGCGCUGGGGCGAACCGUUGCACCACAAACACAGCCAGAACUCGACAUUUCUCUCAGCGAUAUUGAUGUUUCUGGAUCUUCCAAUAGUUGGGACAUUUCGCCAAUUCAGACUCCUUUGGACGUAGCCCACUGCCAACAUACAGCCAUCUCAAAUGCGGGCCCUCAAUUGACCAAAGCUGCGAGCUCAGAUCAGCUCGGGCUCGCUCCUCUUUCAGACGUCCUCCCAAUUGUAGACAACUAUUUCCGCAAUUAUAACUCCAUAAUCCCACUGUUCGAAGAAAAUGCAUUCAUGCGCAUGCUUCUCGACUGGUACUCUUCCUCCACCAAGCGCUCCACGGUCGCCUGGGCUGCUAUAAAUGUCGUCUUGGCUCUCAAUUAUCGCGUCCUUGAGGGAAAGACAAUGGACGACCCUGCGUUUUCCCAGAGUAUUCGCAAUGCGCGCUCUGUCAUGUCAGAGUUGAUGAUUCAAAGCCAUGAUUUAAUCGGCCUGCAAGUGCUUCUGGGCAUGGUGAUCCUGUUCCAAGGGUCGUCAGAGGUCCAACUCGCUAUUGUUCUAAUUGGGAGUGUCAUUCGGCUUGCGCAAAGUCUACGGUUGAACUCGAAGAAGGCAUUGGAAGGACUGUCGGCGUCGGAACAGGCGCAUAGAACUCGUUUGUUCUGGCUUACGUACAUCUAUGACAGGGAAAUGGCCCAAAGGUCUCAAUGUCCGUAUUAUCAGCCCGACUGUGAAACAGACAUGGAACUACCAGAAGCAGACCCUGAAGAAGAUCUUGGUAUCAUCACCACAUCAACAGACACCAUUCGGUUCAACUACCUCCGUUCAUGCGCCAAGUUUGCAUUCAUCCAAGGAAAAGCCCAUGAUCUUCUCUACAGCCAAAAGUCUCAUACCUUCACAUCAGAAAGAAAAGUUACAUCAAUUGUUCUGAUAGAAGAAUUGCUCAAAGAAUGGGUGGACGAAAUACCCCCGGGCCUUCGCUCCACAGAGGGUAUGGACAAGAGGUUAUCCCCGUUCGCGAGAGAUAUGAUGACGAACCUUUGGUCUCGCCAUAUUGAGACUCGGAUCAAAAUUCACUCCAUAUUUACCUUUGAAGAUACUUGGAUCAACAGAGUGAGGCGGUAUCUCUCACCCACGGUGAUAGAUAUCAGUGACGACGUGGAUGGGGAGGUCAAAAGAGAGGACCUUACACCUCUACCAGCAGGAUGGGAUGAAUGCGUUGGUAAUGCUCGAGUUUGUCUGGAACUAAUCAGUACGGCAAAACUGACAGAGUAUAUCCUAUGGCUUCAUACAUGCACUGCACUCCCAUGCCUGAUCCUCAUCAUAGUCAAUAUGAUCGAGUUUCCAGACCAUGAUCUUGUGGCCCGGGAUCGAAAGCUUUUGGAUAGUUGUUUUGGAGUCUUUGAUGGUGCGAUGCAAUAUCUGCCGAAAGAGCCGUUUGAAACAAUUCUAUCUAUUUCUCAUCAGCUGGAUCGAAGGGCUAAAGGGCAGGUUUACCGCACUAUGUUGACGAAGGGGGAUAUGUCAUAUGAUUGUGAUUUUCAGAUGAGUCCUUCGACCGCGUGGGCGCUUUUGGAUGAUAUUGAGUUUCAGUGAUGAAUAGACUGGCCUUUUCGGUCUAUGGUGUAGUUCAGUUCAUUCUCACUGCACUAAAUUCACCUUUGGCAUGUAUCAGGAAAGUUUAUCGGGCAAGAAAUUCUAUUUCAGAGAGAUCAGUACGUAUUCUAAUACCAACGGCUAUGAUCCAGUUCUCCGGUAUGAUAUAGCGCCGGCUGUUCCACCG